UCGAAAUAUAUUAAUUUUUUUCAGAUUUGCAAUAGGGCCGCAAAGUCAACUUAACCGUUAGCCAAAAUCGCGACUAUCUGGCAGCGCUGCGCACAGGUGUCAACGACAGCAGAGUGGGCAUAAGGGGAGCACCCGGAGAUAAUGUCGAGCGAUGAACUGUGUCGCGUAAAGUACUCUAGCUCGCGCUAUCUGCUCCACCACCACCAGACGCCCUUGAACGCCAGCUCCUUGCACUGGGCUCGCCAGCAGUAUGGACAUGAGCUGGACGAGCUGCUCCGCCGACGGCUCCUGGCCUCACCCGCCUAUGUGGACAGGCUGGAGCAGGAGGCACUCCUUGCCGGGCACGACGGCUGCGUCAACUGCCUGGAGUGGUCAACCGAUGGCCUCUGGCUGGCCUCCGGGUCCGACGACUAUCGCGUGAUGAUCUGGGAUCCAUUUCGGAAGAAGCGCGUCCAUGUCAUCAGCACCAAGCACCUGGGCAACAUGUUCUCCGUGAAAUUCCUGCCCAAGACCAACAACAGCAUUGUGGCGACAUGUGCGGCGGACAAAUUCAUCUACGUCUACGAUAUCAAUCAUUCAAAUGAGACCCUCUUUGCCUGCAAUUGCCAUCUGAUGCGGGCCAAGCGACUGGCCACCGCCCAGGAUUCGCCCCACAUCUUUUGGUCGGCUGGGGAGGAUGGCUGCAUCCUGCAGCUGGACAUGCGGGAGCCACAUCGCUGCCGACCGGAGGAGGGAGGUGGCGUCAAGCUUUUGAGCCUGUGCAGCCAGGUGGAAACCACGGCGGAGGCCAAGUGUCUGGCCAUCAAUCCCAGGAGGACGGAGUACCUGGCCGUGGGCACCAACGAUCCCUUUGCCCGAGUGUACGAUCGCCGCAAGCUGCCCUCAACUGAUAGUAAUGGACUCUCCGCUUGCGUGUCAUACUAUGCUCCCGGACAGAUCCUGAAGAACAUUAGCCGCAACAUUGUCCACGAGUCGCGGGCCAUCACUUACCUCACAUUCAAUGGCAAUGGCACCGAGCUGCUGGUCAACAUGGGCUGCGAGCACAUCUAUCGCUUUGAUUUGAACCAUGCCGAGCCUCCGGUUUUCUAUGAACUGCCCACCUUCACAUCGGAGGAGGAUUCGGAGCCGGUGAAGGCGCCACACAAGAGUCGCUCGUUGCCCUCAGGCAUAGAGGUGCACAAAAAAGAGGGCAAUGAGUUUCUGGAAAACGGCAAACUGGUGGAUGCCAUUGAUGCAUAUUCAGAGGCUCUGGCGAAAUACCCGCAGGGCGAGGUUCUGUAUCUGAACAGAGCCACGGCUCUGAUGCGUCGCGGCUGGUUUGGCGACAUAUACGCUGCACUGAGGGAUUGCCAUGAGGCCCUGCGCCUGGAUCCCGGCUAUGUGAAGGCCCACUUUCGACUGGCCAGGGCUUUGUUGGAGCUGCAUCGUCCGCAGGAUGCGGAUAAGUGCCUGCAGGCGCUCAUCCAGCGCUUUCCCGACUUCGCCAACAAUCACGGAGUGCUCAUGCUGAACAAGGACAUCAAGGAGAAUCGUCGCCAGUCGCAGGGCACAGAGCCUCCCGAGCCACCGCCAGUGCCCAUGGAAGAUGGCUUUCGCUACCUGCGACUGACGGACGCCGAGUAUGAUCUCCGGUCCACGGCUCGCGACUACAAGCAACGCUAUGUGGGCCAUUGCAAUGUAACGACGGACAUCAAGGAGGCCAACUAUCUGGGCAGCCAGGGCGAGUUCAUAGCCGCCGGUUCGGAUGACGGCAAUCUGUACAUUUGGGAGGGAGAAACGGGCAAGAUAAGAUCCGUUUAUCGGGCGGACAGUGCCAUUGUCAAUUGCGUGCAGCCGCAUCCGAGCAUCUGUAUGCUGGCCACCAGUGGCAUUGACCACGACAUCAAGAUUUGGUCGCCGUGCGCCGCCAGCGCCAAGGAGCGACCUAAUCUGGUGGCGGAUGUGACGCGCUAUGUGCAGGAUAAUCAGCAGAAGAUGCGCACCGAUCCAUUUGAACUGAAUACGCGCAAUGCGUACUGUUUCAAUAACUAAGAACUGUAGUAGAGUAAUGUGAGUCUAGAUCUAAGUCGAGAUCCAAUCACGCAAUAUAUCAAAUAUUAGUGUAAUUUAAACUAAGCAAACAUAUUUUUGUUAAUUUGUAAACGAACUACUGUAUACAGAGUGCGAUGCUUGUGGAGAUGAUGAGUAUGUUACGGAAGAAUAUAAAAAUAAAUGCGAAGAAAUUACAAA